UGAUAAUGGAUUUUAUUACCGUCUAAACCCAAAUUUUCCAUUUGUGGUGGUUUAUUUUGUCACAUCUCUUCAUAUAUAAGUUUUUUCAAUCUCAAAUACAAUCGCAUUCAUCUAGUUAAGAAAGGGAUUAGUUCGCAAUCUAGUGAAUUAUAUCCAUGGGUGACUACUUUGGAAAGAAAAUGGAUUGUGACAUAGACCUAAACCUUCCAUUGAAAGAGGUGAAGUUUAAGUGGUAUCCUGAAAACUACUCGAGACAGAACAAUACUACUACUCCAUUGGUUUCUCAAAAUGGCACUCAAGAUAUGAUGAACAUAAGUGAUGCAAACAAACAAGUCCAUCCAGUUGCUGCUGCUGCUGCUGCUGCAGAUGUUCCAACUUUGGUUGCAGAACAAGGCUCUGGUACUAGAUCAGUUUCUCAUUAUGUUCAUGUUGAACCAAUGUAUUUUAUUGAUUCUCUUCGUGUCAUAGCCAACCAUGGAGUCCCAACUGACCCCGGCCGCCGUCGCUACCGUCGUCACGGACAACCUCUUCCAGCUCGUCCAACUGAUCCAUUAAGAUUCUGCACAAACCUUCACUGUAUGGCAAGAAAAACUCCCAUGUGUCGCUCUGGACCUAUUGGAUCAAGGACUUUGUGCAAUGCUUGUGGAAUUUACUACAACAAAUAUGUGAUACGUGGAAAGGUUCAUGCAAUUAUAAUCCAUGAAGAUGGUUGUUCAUCUGCUUCUGUUCCACCAACUCAAUCUGUGGAAAGAGACUCUUCAACUUCCUAAUUGGGAUGAGAUGUGGGCCCACCAAAUAUUUAUUUUUCUCUUGUUUGCAUGUUUUUCAAUAAGUGAGAGAAUGAUUUCAUAUUAUUCUCAUGACAUUAUGUUAUAAUUAUGCUACUGUUGGUUUUUCUGUUGGACAAUCUUAUAUGAU